GAUUAAUCCCUUUUGUAGUCUCUGUGUGAUCUCUGUGUUGGGGUUUGUUUGUUCCCUUUUUGUUUUAUGGGUCUGAGGUUUCUUGCGCCUGUUCUGUUUUUCUCUGUUUUGUUCUUUGUGCUUGCUCUCUUUCUCAGCAUGUAUAAAACACGUUAUUUCCCCACACACAUACUUGCUUUUUCUUAUUUUACAUGCAGAAUGCCCUGACCCUGUUGUUUUGCUGACUUAAAGCUGUUUUUAAUUUCAAACAGGAAAUGUGCACACGAAUUGCUUUGCAAUUACCUUUAUCCUGUGGUACCGGCUUGAGGCUGGAAAAUUCAGGUGGUCUGUGGAAUCAUGCAUUUCUUCUCUCUCAAAUAUUUCUGUGGAUUCUGGCAGGUGUUCAUCAGAAGUUGUCUCAUUUACCUUUCUCUGGGACUUUUUACCUGUAAAUUGCUCGCAUGUCAUUUGCGUUGUGUCCUAAAUUAUUUCCUACUCUUGUAUUUCUGGAAGAAGGGGGUAGCUGAUCUGUUUUCAACUGAUGGGAUCCAUAUGGUAUGUAGCCAGUUAGGACAACAAAGAGUUACAGCGAUGGUUAACUUUUCCUCCCCACCUUCUUUUCUUGCCGAUCAGCUGGCUCCAGCUUCCAGCGGUAUGGCAAAGGUGAAAUGAGAGAAGCCUGGUGUGCGUGGCGGAGAGAGCAGUGCGCUCCUCUGGGUGAUGUUUAAGAAAUGAGGUUCAUUUAGGACUCUGUUAUUCGGGUUGUUAAAAGGCAUUUGUCAAGGCGUCAUGACAGGGGCUUUCCCCUCCAGCGGUGUUUCUGUGUGCAGCAUACCAGCUCCGUGCGACUCUGAGCAGACUGCAGGGCAGGAAAGUCUGCGUAUCCGCUACUGUCCGUCCUACCUAGGAGGUUUAUGUCAGAAGUACUGCUUCUUCAAAGGGAUGAGGCUGUGUUUCUGGAGGAGAUGGCCUCUAGGAAUAUUACCUGUAGUUUCUUUAACAGUUACAGUGAUCAUGCUAGUCCUGCACUACUCAUUCUCUCCAGCUUUCUCCUUUAUUUAUAUUGGUGGAAGUGUAGAAAUUCCUAAUUUGACAUAUACGAAUGACUUCAAUGAUCCAAAGUCACAGAAAUUCCUCCUGCAAGCAGAAGCAAUCCAAAAUUACUUUGCAGAAUCAUAUGAGUCUUCCUCCUUGGGAAAGUACUACCUGAAGUCUGUAGUGGCUGCUUUCAGUGAAGGAGAGUCUGGACUUCGAGCCUACUACUGGAAUACAUUCUGGGCACCACAAGAUGUGGUUGCUUCUCUUAAAAAUUUAACCCCAGUGGAACAAAAAAAAAUCAGUAGUAAACAAGCAGCUCACAUGUUGGGUUCUUCUGGGGAGGAAGACUUUGAUCUCGUUAAAAUGGAGCUUUUUGUUUCAGAUUCUGCAGAAUAUGAUGUGAUGCUAAAAUCAGUAUCCUUUGACCUGUAUGCCAAGCCGGGUAACAACAGGACUCUGACUCUGAUGAAUCCCAAAAAGUCUUUUUAUCAAUGGAGGCUGCGAGUUCCUUCUAACCAUGUGGUGAGACUGGUAGUUAUCGCUUUGCAUGGUGUCACUCCAGAGAGCUGUGCAUCACACCACUUGUCAGCAUAUGAUUUCCUUCUUCCUCUGCAGAACAAGAUCAUUACAAGAUGGUGUGGACCUGCGGCCUGGACUCCUGUUGUACGUUUAACUUCAUCGAGUAAUGUAAUGUUGCUUACCUUCUCACUGGACCAAAGAGAAGAAAGCAACAUAUUAAAAGCUCACUUUCAAGCUGUUCCUAAAAUCAUGUGUGGUGGUCAUCGUAUUUCCUGGAACGGGACACUGAGUUCCCCUUAUUACCCAAGUUACUACCCACCAAACAUUGACUGCAGCUGGAUCAUCAGAGCACCUUUGCCUGGCUACAAGCUGUCAUUAAAAAUCCUCGUAAUACAAAUUCAGGAGAAGUCUCCAGGGUCCAGUAAAUGUGAUAAAGACUGGUUAGAAAUUGAUGGGGUUAGAUACUGCAAAGCUCUUUCAGAAAACAACAGAAUCAGAGAAUAUGGCUAUUCUGUCGCAAUCAACUUCCACUCUGAUGAACUGGUCACCCACAGAGGGUUUUAUAUUGAAUACAAAGCCUUCAGUCACACAGACCGUUGUAAUUCAGAACAGUUGAACUGUGGUGAUGAGAAGUGUAAGCAUCAGUAUAAGACUUGUAAAGACGAUGACAGCUGUGGGGAGGACAGUGCUGGAAACAACUGCUCCUACAAAAGUUGUUCCCCUUAUGCGUACAAAUGCCUCAAUGGAAAAUGCUUACUGAAACCAAAUCCUGAGUGUGAUGGGAAAAGAGACUGUGCAGAUGGAUCUGAUGAAAUGAACUGUGCUUGUGGAAGACACCAGCUUAAGAAAAACAGAAUUGUUGGAGGUGAAGAUGCAAGAUCUGGAAAGUGGCCUUGGCAAGCAAGUUUGCAGAUGGGAGCACAUGGCCAUGUAUGUGGUGCAUCUGUUAUUUCCAACAGGUGGCUCGUAUCUGCCGCCCAUUGCUUCCUGGAUUCUGAUUCUGUGAGAUACUCCGUUCCUUCGGGCUGGAGAGCAUAUAUGGGCUUACAUACUAUUAGUGAAAAGAGCAAUCGUGUAGCUAUGAGAUCAGUCAAAAGGAUUAUUGUCCACCCACAGUAUGACCAAUCUAUCUCAGACUAUGACAUUGCCCUGCUGGAAAUGGAGACGCCUGUAUUCUUCAGUGAGCUGGUACAGCCCAUUUGUUUACCCAGCACCUCUAGAGUAUUUGUUUAUGGAACUGUCUGCUAUGUAACUGGCUGGGGAGCCAUAAAAGAAAAUAGUCAUCUUGCCAAAACAUUGCAGGAAGCUCGAGUGAGAAUAAUUAACCAAAGUGUUUGCAACAAGUUGUAUGAUGAUCGUAUCACAUCACGUAUGCUGUGUGCUGGGAAUCUUAGUGGUGGCAUUGAUGCAUGCCAGGGAGAUUCUGGAGGUCCCUUGGCCUGCACAGGGAAGGGAAAUAGAUGGUACCUUGCUGGCAUUGUGAGCUGGGGUGAAGGAUGUGCUCGGCGCAAUCGUCCUGGUGUGUACGCUAAGGUGACGGCACUUUAUGACUGGAUUCAUCAGAAUACAAACUGAUGUGCCAAGGAGAAAAUGCAGAUCAUCUCCGUUACGCAACCUGCUUCCUACAGUAGUCUAUCAUCUAUCAUUUGUUGUUCAGCUAGCAGUAACUGUUCAGAUUCAGAGCAACUUCAGAUUCCUCUUCCUUAUCCCCAGCAGCAGAAACAGCACUGCCUUAACAACAAAAUAAAAUGGAUUAGAACCUGUAACAAAAAUCCAGACAAAUCUUUCUUUUGCAAACCUUCUCCCCUCCUUCCAUCUCCCUUCCUAUCUAUAUAUCUAUAUAUGUUUCCACUUACACAUACCUGGAUAUUCAUGGCCACAUCCCAUUUGAUCCCUUCCUGGGCUGUGCCCACAUGGCCACGCUACAUUGAAAGGGACAUAAAAGGAAAAGUGAUUUAUGUGGUUGGAUGCAUCCUUGGACUCAAAGAAAGUAGAAGACGAAAUGCCAGCCACACUCCUUUAACUCUCGCAGUAAAUGUAGCUUUGAUAAUUAUAAUCUCCUGAUGAGCUGACCAGCCCAAACCUAGCUGAUUUAAGGUUUCCAAAGCUGUUCAUGGGACUUAAGAAUGCUGGUAUUCACUUUAAUAAAAGACCUGUCUAGAUGGUCUUAAAAUUGGGCUCAGUGUUUGGAAGGGUUUAGCUUUUACCUUUAAUGUAUUAAAAAAAAAAAUAAAAAUGAAGCUGGCAAUUUGAAUACCAGUAAUUGCUGUCCACACAGCACGCUUUUAUUCUACCAUAUAUAAAUAUGUGUUCCUUGUUUAGUUUUAGACCCACCUUGGCAGCAUGUGGGGAAAACACUGGAAUGAGCUAGCACUGUAACCUGCAUGCAAUGAGAUUCCUGUAUCUAACACGGAUAGUGCUUUUCCUUCCUUUCUUGGGUAUCUCCCCCCCUCCAGCCCCGAUGCUUGUGUCAAACUUACUACAUAAGCUAUACUCAAAGCCUAUAUUUUAGGGGGGUUAGUAUCUUUAAUGACUAGUCACUCAUCCACAUCUUCCUUUUUAAUAAAUGUGUGGUAAAAAUGGAAGUGGCUACGUUUUAUUUGUUUGAUUGUGCCUCAAACUCUAAUCCCCAGGUGCAAUCAGAACUACAUUUGUACCUCGGAGUUUCCUCUUUUUGUAAAGCUGAGCCUAACUUGCCCGUUUAACUAAAGUACACAUUUAAGGGCACUAGUUUCUUUUCCUUAUAUUGAAACCAGAGAUGUC